UGCCUCACCCACAAAAACGCCCCCACCCUCGACCAUCAACUUCCAGGUCGACUGCGCCUCCAGCUGCAUACGUGCAAGCCUACGAAGCGUCCCUCGUCUAUGGACAAGAUCAUAUAGCGCAGAGUGUGCGCGAGAGAGGGGGGCGGGGAGGCCUGAUACAGUAUGCUGGUGAGGCGGACAAGGAGGUAUGGGCCGAUAGGUAUGUAUUCUUUCAGUCACAUAAAGUCUUGGGUAUGAGAUAUGCAAAGCGGGGUCAUGCGCUCGAUGAUGUGGACUGAUUUACAUGAUAUGAUACAUCUCUUGCCCAGUUUGCCAAGCGAAGGCCGCAAUCUAUCACUCAAAGCGUCAUCACCAACUCGAUCCUCUUCUUCCUGGUCCCUUCCAUCCGACACUGAAGAAACAUGGGCCCUAUCAGACGAAGAAGAAAUGGAGAUAUACAAGAAUGAGAAGAAGAAGAAAUGGAUGGAGGGUCUUCGAGCAGAAAGAUUGAGAGAGAGGGAGAGGGAGGAUAUGGAUCGGGGCAAGGCCGUGCAAAAGUCUGCUGAUGGGUGGGAUGAUGAUGAAGAGCCCCCUGAAGCAAUCCUCACACUCAUGGCCCACACCGCUCUAGCCCUGUCUGGCUCACCGAACCCCUCCGUUCUAGAGAUUCGGAUUCUCACAAACCACAGCAACGACGAGCGCUUUGCCUUUCUUCGGGGAAGAUACAGAAAGGCAUGGGAGGCGGCAAAGGGCAAGGUGAAGCGGGAAAAGGAGGAAAAGGCCAGGAAGGAGGAGAGGGAGCGGGGGCUGGGUGGGCUGGGUGGGUAUGGAAGUGGUAGUGAGAGCGAGAGUGAAGGGACACCAGAGCCGCCGCAUGAUGAACCACCGCCCCCGCCCGAGGACGAUCCCUUGCCUCCCUUGCCGCCUGCUAAUGAUGACGAAGAAGAAAAGAAAAGGCAGAGGCGACUGAGAGCCGAGGAGUGGAAACGCAAGCGGGCAGAGGCCAAGGGCUGAUCCCG